AUGGCUCCAGCUAGCACCAGAGAUCAAAAUAGCCGACACGUCGAGGCUCAGAUACCAUGUAAUCCUCCAGAAGACAUACCUCCACGAGAGCCCAGUCAGUCCGAGCCGCCGGGGCGCCAAGAUGAACAAUCGUCGCAAAAGAAAUCUUCAGAACAACCGAGAGCUCGUCGGAAGGAGCUUGUAUUAAAAAGGGACGUCCUUCCAGAGCAAGACCUUGACAAGGGUAUCGUCGGAUGGGAAGGGCAAGAUGAUCCAGAAAAUCCACGGAAUUAUGCCUCACUGCGCAAAUGGACCAUCCUUUCCCUCGUGAGCUCAAUGACACUGAUCAGUCCAUUUGCGUCUUCUGUUUUUGCGCCCGCCGUUCGCUUCGCCGAUGUCGAAUUUCACAACACUUCAACAUUGCUGAGCACCUUCGUUGUCUCAGCAUAUGUCCUUGGCUACGCGAUUGGCCCGCUGUUCCUCUCCCCGCUUAGUGAGAUAUAUGGUCGAAGAAUCAUCUUGAACAUCGCCUCACUACAUUUCACGGUGUGGCAGAUCGGCUGCGCACUGGCGCCCAAUAUCUCGUCUUUGAUUGUCUUCCGGUUGCUCACAGGUAUGGGUGGGUCUGCUUGCUUGACUAUCGGCGGCGGUACGAUAGCAGAUCUAUUCGAGAAGGAACAGCGUGGGCUGGCUAUGUCUAUCUUCACUGCCGGGCCCCUCUUUGGACCUGUUCUGGGUCCAAUUUGUGGAGGCUUCAUCGCUCAGGGAGCGGGAUGGAGAUGGGUCUUUUGGACUCUGUUGAUUGUUGCAGGAGCAUGCACAAGUCUUAUUCUCAUCUUCUAUCGCGAAACCAACCACGCUGUCCUCAUCCGCGAGAAGACUCGGCGCCUUGCAAAAGAACUGAAACGCAGCGACUUGAUAAGCUGCUACGACAAAACGCAGGGCCAACGCUCCGCAGGGACCCUCCUCGUUCGCAACUUGAUAAGGCCAGCCAAGAUGCUGUUUAUGUCGCCUAUCGUUGGACUGUUGGCAAUCUAUGUUGCUCUGAUAUAUGGAUGCCUCUACUUGCUCUUCACGACAGUCACCGACGUCUUCCAAAGAACGUAUCUUUGGAGUCCUGACUUGACCGGUCUCGCUUAUAUCGGGUUGGGACUUGGGUUGCUCUGCGGACAGGCUCUUUUUGGACUUUCGAGCGACCGCAUCAUCAUCCGCCUCACUCACGCCAACGACGGAGUCUACCAACCCGAGAUGCGGCUGACAAUGUGUUUACUCUAUGCAUUUUUUGUUCCCAUUUCCUUCUUUUGGUACGGUUGGUCGAUUCAGGCCAAAGUACAUUGGAUUGUCCCCAUCAUCGGCCUGCUCCCAUUCGGAUUUGGAAUGAUUGGGAUCUUCACAUCCAUCCAGACGUACAUCAUCGACUCGUACUCCAGGUACGCAGCUUCCGGGAUAGCUUCAGUGACGGUGACGCGAUCCUUUUUUGGGGCUUUCCUUCCACUCGCAGGGCCUUCGCUGUAUCAACAACUUGGAUAUGGAUGGGGAAAUUCAAUGCUUGGGUUUAUUACUCUCGCUUUGAUUCCAGCACCAGUUCUUCUACGACAAUAUGGAGGGGUCUUGAGGGAACGUUUCCCUGCGGGUAAUAUUGUCCCUGGGUGGCGUGUUGAUAGAUACGUGGUUGCAUCUCUAGAACCAAGUCGCAGAAAAAGAAAGUGCCUUCGGACCGCGGAGCAUGUCGAGGCUCUGAAGACUAGGAUUGAAGCUUUGGAGUCAUGCAUAAAGAACCUCACUCGUCCUGCACAUCUGAAGGGUACGCUUCCCGCAUCAGAAUGUCAAUUGCCUGGGCGCUCUAGCCCAUAUCAUCCUUCCGAUUGUUCCACAGAGCAUCCUGACGAAGACAUCUCCUGGGCCACGCCGAAAUUCGUCCUCACGCGACACGCAACUGAAGAAGCCGAGGACAGUUUUCAGGGCUAUUCCGGAGACCGAGCGUUCAUUCAACGGAUGCGAGAAGAUAUAAAAAACUGGCCAGUUACGGUCUGCCUUCCCUCAAAGGCAAAGGCUCGAGCUUUAGUAGAUGCUGCAUUGGAAUCAUACUCCCUUUUCCCCAUCCUACAUCGACCGAGCUUCGAUCGCUCCUUUAACGACAUUUAUGCACUCGGGUCCAAUGAAUCUACCGCCGCAGAGCUGCGUUUUCUUCCUCUCCUCUACGCAGUCCUCGCUCUCGGCUGUAUAUUCAUUCAGAAAGAUGCCGGGCAGUCCUCUCGUGAGCAGGAAACCACCGAAGGGCUACAAUACUUUGCUGCCAGUCGUGCAUUUAUCGACAUUGGCGAUUGUACAGAUGAAAUAUCCCUCCAAACCAUGAUCUUCCUUAUUCUCUUCACAAUAGGUAAUACUCGUGCUGGGACCUGUUACUCAUACGUAACACAUGCACUAACGCUUGCCCUCCGAAUGGGUCUCCAUCGGUCAAAGUCCAAAUACGACGAUCUAAUCGAGCGUGAACUAAGCAAGCGAAUCUUCUGGGUGUUGAGACUUCUGGGAAAUUACUUUGCAACGGCAUGUGGCAUGCCUAGGCUCUUAAACGAUGAAAAUGUCGACCAAGAAUUGCCGGUGGAAGUAAAUGAUGCUUACAUCACAAAAGAAGGCAUUUCACCUCAGCCUCCGGAGGAGGUGUGUACAAUAGCGGGUCUAAACACUAUUAUCGCCCUUCACAAGAUCCUGGAUCAGGUCGUCAGGGACAUAUACCCACCGAGAGGGAUCAGCAAAACUCCGGGAUCACGGGCCGCAACAUAUCUGGUUAGCAUUGAGAAAAUCAAGGAUAUCGAGAGAGCUCUCAAGGGGUGGACAGAAAAUUUACCCAUUGGGUUUCGUCUGAAAUCCCACUCGACGUCCAGAUCUUUAUUACGGACGCAGUAUCUCCUUUGCAUGUCCCAUGCGCAUGUUCAGCUCUACCUCUACAGACCUUUCAUUCAUUACCUCUCCAAGCCUCUUGCUCAAAGCACAUCAUCGUCCAACAUCACUUUUUCACCGUAUGCAGCCGCCUGUGUUCGAGCGUGUCACACUAUUUUGAAUUUCAGCGGAGAAAUGUACAAAAAUGAUCUUCUCCAAGGCGGAAAUUUUACGGUCUUGCAUAUGGUGUUCGGGUCUGUUGUGACACUUAUGUUCAUUGUUCUCGAUUCUGCCGACUGGGAAGGCAGAGAAAUGGCGUUCAAGGAUAUAUCAAUCGGUCGAAAGGCGAUUGCUUUUCUUGCGAAUGGCAAUGACGCUGCCGAAAGAGCGCAGACCAUUCUAGAGACGAUGAUUGCUCUUCUCCCUGCGGAAUUUGCAGAGACUCGAAAACGCCUGCAACAUCAAAGGCUGGGGAUCACUGAUUUGGCCGUUGCAGAUUCUGGCGAAACUGAUUCAUCUCUCAUGCCCGUUGGUCUUGACGGUCAAGACUUUGGAGAAGUGCCCAUCGGCCAGAUGGGUUCCCUUUUUCAGGUUCAAGCACAGUUUGAUCAUCCGACAGCAUCGACGGGCCAUUUAUUCGAAAAGAGCCAACAAAUAAAAGGUAACACAUCAGAAUGUCUACCAUCUACAACACUAUCAGGGGAUGUCCCAUACACAUCUUCAAUGUUAAGCGUGAGAGCUGAAGAUAGCACGGUCUCAGCUCCUGUCCAUCAGGAGCCCAUGGGUGGGAGCGCGCAGCGGCGCCUAUCACCGCAGCCCGCCGUGCCGUUCAUUUUCCGAGGCAGCGGCGCCGAUCCCAGGAUGAUGCCUCCCCCGUGUGGAGAUCCGGCAACCGAGUUCCUUGAAGCACAGCCAUUUAACUUCUCUGCCAAUUAUCUGGGAGACGUAUGGAGUAGCAUGAAUCAAUUUCCUGGACCUAUUAUUUCAGACCAGGCCAUCAACGGCCUUCAGAUGAUGGAUGUACCCAAUCUAAUGGGCUUGCACCAGCAGGGAAGCCUAUUCAGUUUCGACUAUCUACCUUGA